GAAGCCAUUCGCGCUCGUCUCCAAGAUUUAACCGAUGGCGCCAAGAGCAUGACCAUUUCCGAUGAUUACGAUAAAACCGAAAAGGAACGUAUCGAUAUUUUCUAUGAAAUCGUCAAAAAGAAGUUGGACGAUGGCAAAUUGGAUGCCGUGGCCGAACACAAAGAGCUGCUGAUCGAAGCCGAACGUUUGGAUAUUGUCCAUAAGGCCCCCUUGGUCUUGGCUGAAUUGCUCUUCUCCGAUAAUUUGACUCAAGAUGUACGCAAACAUCGUGUCCUAUUGUUGCGCUUCACUCACAACAAUCCCAAGGCUCAACGUUAUCUGAUCGGUGGCAUCGAACAAAUUAUUGCCCUGCACAAGGAGAAAUUGAUGCCUAAGGUUGCCGGUAUUUUCAAGCUCUUCUAUGACACGGAUAUUUUGGAUGAAAAGGUGAUUUUGGAUUGGUCGCUGAAGGUUAGCAAGAAAUAUGUAUCCCGUGAGGUGGCCACCGAAAUUCAUGAGAAGGCCAAACCGUUCAUUCAGUGGUUGAAGGAGGCCGAGGAGGAGGACUCGUCCGAAGAAGAAGACGAAGAAGAUUCAGAGGUUGAGAUUGAGUAUAAUGAUAGGGCUCGUGUUGAGCCGCUUAAGGCCCAGGUAACACAGGUUACCAAGAAGGUUAUCGAAGAGGACGAUGAUGAUGGUGAAGAAAUUGAUAUUGAUGAUAUCUAAA